GACAAAAUCUCCAAAACCACACUCCAAAACCCCCCGAAGAACCCACACAAAUGGUAUCAUCUCUUCGACUCCCCUCACUAACCUCCCUAUUCUCCUCUCCCUACCUCCGCCGCCCUCCUCCUUUACUCCGCCGUCCUCACCACCACCACCACAAACUCUCCUUCCCUCCACCACUAACCACGGCCUUCUCCUCCCAAACCACAUCAGCAUCCACAACCGAAAACCCCAAGAAACAAACUAACCAAGACCAAAAAGUAAUCACUCCUCGGUCUCAAGACUUCAAUGCUUGGUUUCUUGACAUCAUUGCUAACGCUGAACUUGCUGAUUAUGGUCCAGUUCGUGGCACCAUGGUCAUUCGUCCCUACGGUUAUGCCAUCUGGGAAGCCAUUCAGGAUUAUUUGAAUGUGAAGUUUAAGGAGACUGGACAUAGUAACAUGUACUUUCCUCAGUUUAUACCAUUCUCCUUUAUUGAGAAAGAAGCUAGUCAUGUUGAGGGGUUCAGUCCAGAAUUGGCUCUUGUAACUAUUGGGGGAGGAAAGGAACUUGAAGAAAAACUUGUGGUUCGACCCACUAGUGAAACCAUAGUGAAUCACAUGUUUACUCAGUGGAUUCAUAGUUACCGUGAUCUUCCUCUCAUGGUAAACCAGUGGGCAAAUGUCACAAGAUGGGAGAUGCGCACAAAGCCGUUUGUGAGGACUCUUGAAUUUCUGUGGCAGGAGGGUCACACAGCUCAUGCAAAUCCAGAGGAGGCAGAAAAUGAGGCAUUGCAGAUGAUUGAUGUCUAUACAAAAUUUGCUUAUGAGCAAGCUGCAAUACCUGUUAUUGCAGGUAGAAAAUCAAAAGCAGAAACUUUUGCUGGUGCUGAUAGGACAUAUACAAUAGAGGCUAUGAUGGGUGAUCGGAAAGCAUUACAAGCUGGAACUAGCCACAACCUCGGGCAAAACUUUUCUCGGGCUUUUGGAACACAGUUUAUGGAUGAAAAUGGAGAGAGGCAACAUGUGUGGCAGACAUCAUGGGCUGUCAGCACCCGCUUUAUUGGUGGUAUUAUUAUGACCCAUGGAGAUGAUUCUGGUCUAAUGCUACCCCCGAAAAUUGCACCAAUACAGGUGGUGAUUGUGCCAAUCUGGAAAAAAGAGGAUGAAAAAACUGGAGUACUCAAUGCAGCAUCUUCUGUAAAAAAAGUCUUGCAAUCUGCUGGUAUCAAAGUUAAGCUCGAUGACACAGAUCAGAGAACCCCGGGAUGGAAGUUCAAUUUCUGGGAGAUGAAGGGAGUCCCUCUGAGGAUUGAAAUUGGUCCUCGAGAUGUUUCAAGUGCAAGUGUGGUCAUAUCUAGGAGAGACGUUCCUGGAAAGCAAGGAAAAGUGUUUGGAAUAUCCAUGGAGCCUUCAAUUUUAGAAGCUUAUGUCAAGGACAAGUUGGAUGAGAUCCAGUCAUCUCUUCUGGGAAUGGCAACAUCAUUUCGGGAUAGUAACAUUGUGGACGUGAGCUCAUAUGAUGAACUCAAAGCAGCAAUAACCCUUGGUAAAUGGGCUAGGGGUCCUUGGUCAGCUAGUGAUGCGGAUGAAAAAAGAGUAAAAGAAGAAACAGGGGCAACAAUUCGGUGUUUCCCCUUUGAACAGCCUCAAGGGACCAAAACAUGCUUGAUGACUGGCAGCCCAGCAGAAGAAGUUGCAAUUUUUGCAAAAUCUUAUUAAGUAUUGUCCCCGUCAGACGUUCAAAUGGUCUCAUUUGGGAGAGCAUUUACCCAUGGUAAAUUUUGUCAUGGCAUCCCUUUCUUCCUUGUUUCAGUGAUUUUUAUUAUUAGAUUGUCUAAAGCAAUGUGUCAUAUCAAUUAUAUUGAGUUGUUAAAGCUA